CCUAAGUAGAGAGAACAAGAAGUUUGUACGACGAGUGCAACCGAGUCUUAAUUUGGCGCCAAGUCGGGGUAGGAGUAGUAGUUGAUGUUUUGACGAGGAAGAAAACUGACACUACGAAUCAGUCACAACAUGUUUCUGAAUUCUCCGGUUGGGCUCUCUGUCGGAGGUUUCGCGGUAAAUCGUUCCCCCCUGACUGCCGGAUCUCGUGAUAGCCACACCGAGGUAAAAAAGAACAACCAGUAUGUCCGCUCUCAGGCCGCUGAGUCGCCAGUGGACGACGAGGUCGCAUCUCAGCGCGGCCUUCUUGGCGAGCCCGCACUCCGCUGCCCGAAACUGAUGCAGAGCAGGAGUCCUUUAUCGUUUUUCAGCGAGCCGCCAACAAAUUCUGCUUGCAGUUUUCUCUCUCAACAAGAAAAUUCUGAUGGUCAACAGUUUCCGCUUCCAAGAACCUCCAACGUGUUUCAAGUUCCGAAGUUCACACUACGUGCCGGAUUGCAGGACUUCGAGACACGUAUCGCACAGCGCGAACAACAAUGGCGAGCUUUGGUUGGAGACGAUGAGGAGGAAGGCGAUGAAGAUGGGAACAACAAAAAUGCUCUCGAACGCGAACAAGAACAUCAUCAAGGCCCAUAUUAUAACAUCAUCGACGACGAGGAGGUUGAAGAUCAGCAAGUUGUAGGUAGUCAGCAAGGGCGGGGAUAUGUUGAAGAACUGGGGUACUACGAGGAUGUCAAAGAUUGGGACGAAGAUUAUGGAGCAGAAAAUAGGGAGGCAGUGGAUCGCGAGCUCGAAGCAGAAAUUGACCGGGUCCAACAGCACGUUAUUCAGUGGACACGCCCUGCUGCAUCUGCGCGAAAACCUGUGGCAGCUUCAACACGACGUCGUGCUGGCAGAGGUGGUAGACAGGAUUGCUUUAGUAAGAUAACAGUCGGUUCUUUGAAUACUAGCUCUACCUCUAGCACUCUUGCUCAAGCAGGUCGAGUUACUACCUCAAGAAGUAGUGCCGGCAGAAGAAGUAGGAAGAACAGCAAGAAUAAUGCCCCUCUUCUAGAACAUCAACAGGCAAGAGCGACGGUUGGUUCGUCGGGUCGCGCUAGGUCGACAGCGGAAGAGCAGAAAAGGUUCUACCGCUUGCUCGCGAGCCGAGAAAUGGUCGAGCAAGGCGCGGUAGAGGAACUUCCGUAUCGCAAGUUGUCUUCAGCUGCAAGGGCAUCCUCGAUGAAGGCAGGCACCAGGAGGGCAGAAGAUGAGACUGUCAACCUGAAGUCGAGGGCGCCAUCAAUGAUAGCGGCGCCUAAUCCACAAGUAGAAGACACUACGACACAGGGUCUAAAAAUGAACGAUGAGACACCAAACAGUGCAGUAACAAGGCGAGCAGAUGAGGCCUUAGGUCUUUCGUCGCGAGUGCUGGAACCAUCUCCAAGGCUGGACUUCACUGCCGCAGCUUUUACGUCGCCCCGGUUCCGGAAAGACGGCUUGAGUUUUUUUCAGCCCCCGGCACGGCAAGUAGACCUUCAGCUACUCGCUUCUGAGAAGCCCAAUGUACUAAAGGCAGGCAUGAAGCAGCCCGCGGUCCAGGAAGCGUUAAGUGCAAGUUCGUCGUCCACAGCUGCUUCAGGAGGACCACCUACAUCUGGAAACGCUUCAGCGCUAUCCUCCCGACGUAGUAGUGACGCUACUGUCGCAUCUACUGUGCAACCAGGCGCGCUUACACAGCUCAUAACGAAGAGCCUCGAGCAGCUUCACGUAAACUGCGAGGGACUCAGCAACAUUUCUUCCAAUGCCAAUUUAUACACUCUAUCAUCAUCCUCAUCUUCCCCAGUAGAGGAGAAAGCAGCCGCUGCUGAAAUGAAUGAUGGAGAAGUACUAGAAGUCGACUUAAAUGUGAACGUUCUGGAAGUAGCAGCGGGCAGUCCACAUCUCCAUGUUGUUGAGUCGCAAGAUGAUGAUCGAGGUGCACGGCUGCACGGGGGAAGAGGAACAAGAGCGCCCAGAGCCACAGGUGAUCAGCGUCGCCGGCCACCUUCGUCGUCCAGCAGAGCUCGUAGUCCUCUGCGGCUCGCUGGAGUCGCUUCUGCCAAGAGGAGAUCUCGCAUUCCUCCGGGUGGCGGCAAUGAUGCGAGCGUUAGUACAUUCCACAGGUCUGGCAGCACCACACGACGCGAUCAAAUGGUUUUCGGAUCGCUCUACGCCGACGCGCAGAGGCGACAGAAUCUAGCCGCAGAACGGGAACAACAACGGUUGGCGGAGGAAUUGGGGCUCGAUAAAGAGGACGUGGAAGCUGGAGAUAACGGUGAACAACUGCGACUGGCCAUGUCCGCUCGCUGCACGAGAGCGGGGUCUUCCGUCCCAGGGAAUAUGCCUGCGUCGCUGCAGCUGCGCUCAAGCAGCGUCCAACCCUCUCUGCGAAACGCCAGUCGUGCACGUUCCGAUCGUUCGCGACCAGAAAAAGGAUCAGUUUCAGCGUCAUCUUCUAAAAAAAGCACUAGAUCUAGAACUAGAAGCAAAGACGACAAUGCGUCUAAUGAUGAUGAUCGAGGACAGGAGCGACAAAGCUGCCAGAAGACGCACCUAGAGCGAGAAGCUGAAUUUGCGGAGAAACGACGGCUCUGGCGCGAAGAGGCUAAGGCACGUGCGGAUCGAGAUCGGGAGGAGCGGGAACUAGCGGAGUGCACUUUCCGACCACGCAGAGAGGGACCACCUCCGCGUUUCUCUCCUCUCUCUGCCAGAGGAAGAAACGAAGGAGCACGGUCAAAUCAAGGUCCCCAGCUCGAUAUCGAGCAGGAUGUUCAACAACGUGAAAGAUUUUCCCCAGGAAGAGGAAGCACGAACAAAGCCGACCGGAGGCCACACAGGGACUUUCGAGAGGAUCGAAUGGUAGCACUACUGCGAGCCGGUGGAGCUGUGUUCGGAGACGUUGAAACUGAAGGAACGAGAAUAACGUAA